GGACAUUAUACGGAACAUUGCGCGGAUCGAGGAAUCUGCGCCGGAGCAGCCGUCGCUGCUCCACGAUAUCAGUCUUGUGUACUCGCGGGAGGAGUGGACUGAGGUGCGCAACGAGAUCCUGCGAAGUCUGCCAAAACUCUCGAAAAGCGCUAAAAUGACUCUGGAGCUUGUGUCGGCAAAAUACAACGAACAGCCGACCGCAAAGCAGCUGUGGCAGGAGUCGUCUGCGCCGCCGAUGGUGUUUAGCAGGGACGAGAUUCUGAGCCUUUACGACUUUGAGACUGACGAAAAGACCUUUGUUGCGUCGCAGUCGGACGACGAGGACCUGGUGGUGACGCUGUCGCAGGUGAUCCAGCCCGAGGAGCGAUCGGUGCCGUGCACGCCCGAGGAGGACUACGGGGAUUGCGAGGUUUCGUGGACGACAUACGAGUCGCACGCGUCGGCGUCGCGGAAAAUCCAGCAGCGGCGACAAGUCUACGAAGUGCUGGACGAAGAGCCGGGGGUAUCUGGCACGCAGCAGGACCCGAUCGAGCUGUCGAGCGAGACCGACGCGUCGAUAGUGGUGGUGGAGAGUUCGCCGGUGGGGGAGGGCACCUUCAAACUCGACGAUUUGCACGCACUGCAGCCAACGCGCGCAACGGCUACAGAGACAGCAGAGUCGCAGCCGCCCCUGACUGCGGCAGAGCUGGACUUCGGCAGCUUCACCACCGCCCAGCUUAAACUGCAGAUCCAGGCAUGGGGACUCAAGCCGGCGAAAUCGCGGAAGCAGAUGGUGGACAUACUAACAUCGUCGCUGCGGAUGAUCGACCGCCGGCAGCUACUGCGGCAGAAAGAGGGCGUAUUGCAACUCAGCCAGGCGGAGCUGGACAGAAACUACACAGAGCACGUGCGUAUGGAGGAAACGUUUCGCGAGGUGCGCAGCGUCAUGUUCUCACACAUCCGCAGGCUAUUGAAAGAAGAGAAGACGCUGUACAGGGACAUUUUGCUAUUGAGGCCUAUCAAUUUCAGCGACGUGAUGGCGCUGCUGGACGCAAAGGGGGUGCAGCUGGAGCCCGUCACUGUGCGGGCGUGUCUGGACGAGAUGGGGGUCUCGUUUGUGGUGCGGGAGAAUGAGACGGUGAACGAGAUGGCCGAGGGAACAGAGGACUAGGCGUAUUUUUUCAGCUCUGCAGGGUCGGGUUGGCGCAAUAGUAGGACGCCGUUGAGCCACCGGGAAAAAUAGUAAAACACGAUGAUCUUAAUACUUAAUGCAGCAAGGUCGAGCAUGAACUGGGGCCACGACACAUAGAGCCAGUUGCCAAGCAAGGUGUAGAGCUGGAGGGCGAAAUAGGCGGUGGCGGCCGAUAAGAGAAGCACAAACAGCACGGUCUUGGCGAGCCGUGCGAUGUCGACCUGGUCCUCCUGGCUAUAGCGGAGUCCGGUGGUAUGCGGUUUUGAAAGGUUU